CCAACUCAUGAGCUUCCUAGUAGGGACACCGGCUGUGAAGGCCCCAUAACAGCCACCCUUUUGCAACCUCCACACUGACGGCCUCACCAAGAGGGGGAAGGUCCCUCCGGAAAACUGACAGCAGGAUUCUUGUAAAGGAGGCGUCCCAAGCCCUAGGGGGCAGGUGGCAAUCAUGUAGGCGCCAUGGAGACUGCUAUGUGUGUUUGCUCUCCAUGUUGUACAUGGCAGAGAUGCUGUCCCCGAUUAUGCUCCUGUCUGUGCUGCAAGUUCGUCUUCACCUCGGAGCGGAACUGCACCUGCUUCCCCUGCCCUUACAAGGAUGAGCGGAACUGUCAGUGCUGCCACUGCACCUGCUCUGAGAACCCCAACUGCCACUGGUGCUGCUGCUCCUGGGCCAAUGACCCCAACUGUAAGUGCUGCUGCACCACCAGCAGCAACCUCAAGUGCUACUAUUAUGAGAGCCGCUGCUGCCGCAAUGCCACCAUCACCUUCCACAAGGGGCGCCUCAAGACCAUCCACACCUCUUCCAAGACAGCCCUGCGCAUCGGGAGCAGCGAGCCGCAUCUGGACGACAUCAAGGGCACUAUCUCAGCAAAUGGCAACCUAGUGCGCCAUCUCUCCUGCCCGAUGUGCAACCGGCUGCGCCUACACUCCUUCAUGCUGCCCUGCCACCACAGCCUGUGCGAGAAGUGCCUGCGCCAUCUGCAGAAGCGCGCCGAGGUCACCGAGAACUUCUUCAUUCUCAUCUGCCCGGUGUGCGACCGCUCACACUGCAUGCCCUACAGUCAGAAGAUGCACUUGCCAGAGAACUACCUGCGCGGGCGCCUCACCAAGCGUUACAUGCAGCAGCACGGCUACCUCAAGUGGCGCUUCGACCGCUCCACGGGGCCGGUCAUCUGCCAGGUCUGCCGCCACCAGCGCAUCGCCUACAAGCGCUGCAUCACCUGCCGCCUCAACCUGUGCAACGACUGCCUGAAGACCUUCCACUCGGACGUGGCCAUGCAGGACCAUGUCUUCGUGGACACCAGCCCCGAGGACCAAGACGAGAAGAUCUGUAUCCACCACCCGUCCAGCCGCAUCAUGGAGUACUGUCGGGGCGACCACGACUUGCUGUGCACCUUCUGCAAAACGGCUUUCCACAAUGGCCACGACACAGUCCCCCUCAUCGACGCCUGCUCGGAGAGAGCCGCGGCGCUGUUCAGUGCUAUAGCCAAGUACAAAGCAGUCCGAUAUGAAAUUGAUAAUGACCUAAUGGAAUUCAACAUUCUAAAAAACAGCUUCAAAGCUGACAAAGAUGCUAAGCGAAAAGAGAUCAGAAAUGGCUUUCUCAAGCUGCGUAACAUUCUUCAGGAGAAAGAGAAAUCCAUCAUGGAGCAGAUAGAGAAUCUGGAAGUUUUCAGGCAGAAGGAGAUUGAAAAAUAUGUGCAUGUCACAAACAUGAAAGUGAAUGAAAUGGACGGCCUGAUUGCCUACUCCAAGGAAGCCCUAAAGGAGACAGGCCAAGUGGCAUUCCUGCAAUCUGCCAAGAUCCUGGUGGACCAGAUCGAGGAUGGUAUCCAGACCACCUUCAGGCCUGACCCUCAUCUCAGGCUGCACUCCUCGCACUGCAUGCCUUUGGACUUUACUGAGCUUUCCAGUGCCAUCCAUGAGCUCUUCCCCACAGGACCCACAGGACCCAAGAAGGUAGAAAGCUCCUCAACAGAAAAUCUGCCCACCCCCUACCCCAUGCACCCAGAAAUGAUGAUUGCCAGGAAGGUCACCUUCAGCACCCACAGCUUCGACAACCAACAGCUGUACCAGCGGAGCGCCUCUUUGUUGUCCUUCACCACCACUGGGGAGAAGGCCAAGGGUACCGAGGUCUGUGCACGAGCCCAGUCAGCCAUGCCUGCCAAGCCCACAGAGGGCCUCUACACCUACUGGAGUGCAACCACAGAAAACCAACCUGUGCAGAACACCAGCAGCUUCCACAACUGGUACUCAUUCAAUGAUGGCUCUGUGAAAACCCCAGGCCCAAUAGUUAUCUACCAGACUCUGGUGUAUCCUCGAGCUGCCAAGGUUUACUGGACAUGCCCAACAGAAGAUGUGGACUCUUUUGAGAUGGAAUUCUAUGAACUCGUUACUUCUCCAUCUAACAAUGUGCGGACAGAGCUCUGUGGACAAAUUCGGGAUAUAAUGCAGCAGAAUCUGGAGCUACACAACCUGACCCCCAACACUGAAUACCUAUUUAAAGUUAGAGCCAUCAAUGACAACGGUCCUGGGCAAUGGAGUGACAUCUGCAAGGUGGUGACACCGGAUGGGCGUGGGAAGGCCCGAGCCAAGUGGGGCCUGCUGAAGAAUAUCCAGACUGCCCUCCAGAGGCGCUUCUGAGCCUCCCUGUAGAGCAGGCAGCAACCUCAGAGAUGCACCUCAGAAUAGACACAUAUGUACAUACAUCAUGUAUAUGUAUUUUUUUCACCAUAUUCUUCAAUGAGUUUGUAGCUGAUGCUCACAGGACCUCUGAGCCAUUCCAGCAGAAAUCCUUUAACAACAAAUAAAAGGAAAUGCCUA